AUUCUUUUAGUCAUGUAUGUAUGUUUGUGUAUAUAUGUAGUUGACUAGUUUCUGUGACCAUGAUUGGUUAGUGUUGAAGUGGAACAUGAGACCAUGAUCUUAUAUAAACUUCAAUUUUUUGAAAUUACUAGUUGGAUUUAUGUUUGUGGACAAAAAAAACUGGUUUGGAAAUGCUCAUGAAAAAUGUCCAAUCCAAAUUAUGUGCAAAUAUAUUUGUAUAUUUGUAAUAAUAGCAGGGGCAUACUUUUUUUUAUUCUUCUGAGAGGAUACAAAGAAUGCAAAAGGUUGUUUUUCAUCUAUGAAUGUACCAGAUUAAAACACAUCCAAAUUCCAAAGAACCUAUGGGCUAGUUUGAAAUUGAAUAUGUAUCUUUUGUAAAGCUCUUAAAUGUAGAUUUGGAUCAGUGGUAGUUGAAUGUGAAUAUAUCUGCUUUUUAAUAUGCAACUGAUGUGUGGAAAUGCAGGUACACUGCCAACAAAUCAAUGGACAAUUGUGCCUUCUGCAAUGCUGAUGGUGACUUUUUGAUUGUUCCUCAAAAAGGAAGAUUGUGGAUCACAACUGAAUGUGGAAGAUUGCAAGUGUCUCCUGGUGAGAUUGUUGUUUUACCUCAAGGAUUUCGUUUCGUUGUUGACCUGCCAGAUGGCCCAUCACGUGGUUAUGUUGCUGAGAUUUUCGGUACCCAUUUUCAACUUCCUGAUCUUGGGCCAAUAGGUGCUAAUGGUCUCGCUGCUUCACGGGAUUUCCUUGUUCCCACAGCCUGGUUUGAAGAUAGCCCCCGUCCGGGAUAUACCAUUGUACAGAAGUUUGGUGGUGAACUUUUCACUGCAAAACAGGAUUUCUCACCAUUCAAUGUGGUAGCCUGGCAUGGUAAUUAUGCCCCAUUUAAGGUUGGUAUCUGUUUGAAUAUAAUACUUCGGCAUUUACGGACUAAAUGGUAGGUGUUGUUGUUAAGUAUUAUUGUAUAAGGGUAGUUAAGGAUAGUUAUGUCUUUUGUUCCUUUAGUCUUUUAUUAUAAGUAUGUGUAACCCUAAUAGGUUUAUGAGUGUGAAUAAUAUACAGUUCUCUUCCUUUUCUUUCUUUUA